UGGUUAUCCGCUACCCCAGGUUUACCCCAGGUCUACCCCGCAGAGACAAGAGCUUCGACCCAAGGCGACGGGUUCUGUUGCGAGGAUAUAUAAGUGACUGAGGGCUGAUCAUCAAAUCGCGCUUCGUCUGGUCAUAGCUCCUUCAUCACCUUGAUCGGUGAGCUUUUAAAGAUGUUCAAGACAGUGACCGAGUUCUUCAGGCCAAAGGCCACCAGAACCUUGCAUUAUGCUCAUCUCAAAAACAACACACAUCCAACGUGGUACAAGGACUCCGGCCUGCGUAAGAAUGUGUGGCACUGCGUCGGCUUCUACUUCGCGGUGUUCUACCUUGGCUUCGACGCCUCCCUCAUGAACGGUCUCCAAGCGAUCCCCCAAUGGGAAGAAUACUUCAACUAUCCAUCUGGAAACACGCUGGGUCUGAUCUCGGCCAGUCUGUUUCUCCCAGCGAUCGUCACUCCCUUCGCAGCGUCGUGGAUCAACGGACUUUGGGGAAGGAAGUGGUGUUUGGCUGUCGGCUCAGUCUUGCUGAUCCUCGGUGCAUUCCUUAACGCUUUCGCGAAGAAUAUUGGAACAUUUAUUGGUGGUAGAGUCAUUAUCGGUGCGGCUGGACCUUUCGGAAAGAUCACCGGUAUUGCACUGCUUCAGGAACUGGCGCAUCCUCGUCUGAGACCAUAUGUUGCGACCGCGUAUUACAGCAACUAUUAUGUCGGCCAAAUUGUCGCUGCGUGGUUUUGCUAUGGCACACUGUCUUGGCCAGAUACCGAGUGGAGAUGGCGAGCACCCUGCCUGUUCCAAGCCUUUGCUCCAGCCGUUGUCCUUGUUCACCUUCUUUUUGUACCCGAAAGCCCUCGAUGGCUCAUCGACCACGACCGAUCCGAAGAAGCCCUCAAAGUUCUUGCCGACGAACAUGCCAACGGCGAUCUCAACGACGAGUUGGUUCGAUACGAAUUUGAUGAAAUUUGUCAAGCUCUCCAGUUGGAGAAGGAGAACAAUAACUCAAAGUACAGCGAUUUCCUCAAGACUCCCGGUAAUCGGCGUCGACUCCUUGUUCUUGUGACUAUGGGCACGGGUUCCAACUGGGUUGGCAAUGGUAUCAUCGCUUAUUACCUGUCACCAGCCCUCAAGCUCGUUGGCAUCACUUCAUCCAGCGCGAUCGCGGGCAUCAACGGUGGCAUGGCGAUCUGGUCUCUUAUUUGGGCUUAUGCAGGAGCCAUGAGUGCUGAGCGUCUUGGUAGACGCACGCUUUGGAUCACAGGCACGGCUGGUAUGUGUGUCGCUUAUACAAUCAUCACUGGCCUUAGCGGUUCCUUUGCUGAGAACCCAUCACAUGGCGUCGGUAUCGCUGUGGUGCCGAUGAUGUACCUCUUCAAAACUUUCUACUGCAUCAGUUGGUCGCCACUACCGUUUGCUUAUGGCGCUGAGAUUCUGCCUUAUAAUCUGAGGCUGAAGGGUUUGAGUAUUGAACUAAGUGUUCAGAGUGUUGCGCUGGCUUUCAACCAAUGGGUAAACCCUGUUGCACUUGAGGCAAUUGCAUGGAAAUACUACAUCGUCUACAUUGCGGUCAUUGCCAUGUAUCUUGUUCUUAUCCUAUUCUUCUUCCCUGAGACAAGAAACAUGACUAUCGAAGAGGUUUCUGUCCUCUUUGACACAGGCCGAAAGGGCGAUGCGGCGGCAGCUACUAGCAAGUUUCACAAUAACCAGUCGAAGAUGGACGAUAUGCUUGAUGAUGGAGAUGAUGCCGACAAAGAGCCUACUGUUUCGCGGAUAGAGAGAGCUUAAGCGGGUUGGCGAAAGCCGUCAUAAAUAACGAGAAGAAUGAAUAUUGAUAGCACAUGGCAGAGUCACCUUGCUUCCACCCCGAUAAGCAUCAUUCACUUUGAUCAUUAAUAGUAUAUGAUAUGAUAUCACAACGUCUCCGGGGUUGGUGGCUGUCCAGUCAAUCCAUCUGCUAGAAAUUCUUCAGGAUUAAAUCAUUGGUCGUUUAUAACAUGGGCAGGGUAGCAAUAGGUAGCCUUAAGUAAGUGACGAUCAUGUUAGCUUCAGGCGGCACAGUUGCAGUUGGUGAUCAAAUAUGGGGAGGUUGGGGAUAACUAUGGGAAUAACUCAAUAGCGACGAUCAGAAACAAAACUCGUCACAAAACAGUAAUACUUGAUCAAUCCGAUCAAGGUCAUGACCUACCCCUCAACUUAUAUCAGUGUCAUAGUAUUGCACUUAGCAUCAAACGCUAUUGUCCACGCG